UAGAAAAUAAAAGGAAAUUAGACGUGUAGUUGAAUCAUAACGAAAUAAAAAAAAAUUAAAAAAGUAAGCCCAGUGAAUGCACUGUCAAUGACAGUGAAAAUAGUGAAAAAAAAGAAAUAAAAUUUCGAAUAUUUCUACGAACAUUGAUUGUAAUUGAUUUGCAAGAAGAAAACUUUAAAAACUAAAACAAAGACAAUCCAAGUAUUAAAAAUAUUUUUAAAUUUACCUGCAAACGAGUAUCAAUAUUUAUUUCAACGGAGCGAGUCAGUCAUUAAGAUAAAAAAAAAAUUAACGAAAACAAUAAAUUUAAAACAGAAGUUUGAGUGAUAUUUUCUUAAGUCUGAAACUGAACUAACCAUUUGUUUAACAAAAAAAAAUAGUACUAAAAAAAAAGAAAAUUAGUGUUACGAUUAAUUUAAAAAAAAAGAAGUAAAAAAGCGAAUUUGAACGAGAAAGAGGCAUUUUUGGAGUAAAAAUGGAUCAUACUAAAGCCUAUCGUACCAUCAAUGACGUUUUUUCAUCAGCAGCUGAGUCCGUAUUCGACAUCUCCGAGUAUCGCCCGAGCAAUAACGAUAUGUAUUUCGGCGGAAGCGGUUUGGGAAGCAACUCGUCUCUCGGUUUGGGACAAAAUUCUUCUACAAGUCGCCCAAUUACGGGUGCGAACAACGCAUUUCCCCCAAUUGGGACCUUUUCGCUUGAUUCCAUUGGAGGUUCGAGCAACAAUUCCUCGUCGAAUAUGUUCUCAAUGGACUCCCUUUCGAACGGGAUGAGCAACUCGAGUAUGGGAGGCGGCGGCGGAGGAAGUAAUCGCUUGAACAUGUUUGGAGGCAACAACGGGAUGUCAUCUGGAGGUCAUCCGAAUAACGCAACGGGCAACAAUCCGCCGGGAAAUAACCCGGAUUUGAGUCAAGGAAUCCGUGAAACAGGCAUAAUUGAGAAACUUUUGCACUCUUAUGGGUUUAUUCAAUGUUGCGAACGUCAAGCAAGGCUUUUCUUCCAUUUCUCGCAAUUCGGAGGAAAUAUCGAGCACUUGAAAAUUGGAGAUCCCGUUGAAUUUGAGAUGACCUAUGAUCGUCGUACGGGAAAACCAAUUGCAAGUCAAGUAACGAAAAUCGCUCCGGAAGUCGUUUUGUCGGAAGAACGUGUUACGGGAACUGUUACGACUGAGUUGAAAACUGAUGCGAAUUGCAACUCGAAUAAUGCGAAUGUAUCGAGUGACACGACAGGACGUAUUAGUUACGAGAAUCGCGGUGAAUGCUUUUUCCUGCCAUACACCAAAGACGACGUCGAGGGAAAUGUCACGUUGCAUGCCGGCGACAAAGUUAGUUUCCAAAUUGCGACAAAUAAUCGCGGCAAUUUGGGCGCUUGUCACAUUCGUUUAGAAAAUCCGGCACAUCCGGUGAAAUAUCGCGGCGUUGUGUGCUCCAUGAAGGAAUCUUUCGGCUUUAUUGAACGUGCGGAUGUCGUAAAGGAGAUUUUUUUCCAUUUUUCCGAAGCUGAAGGCAAUAUCGAGUUACGCCCCGGCGACGAUGUCGAAUUUACAAUUCAAACGCGUAACGGAAAGGAAGUUGCUUGUAACAUUUCUCGUCUUGCGCCCGGAUCCGUGAUCUUCGAAGAUGUUGGAACUCAAAUCUAUCGCGGGCAGGUAUUGAAACCUUUGGAUCGCACACCGCCAAAUUCGACAACAGCUCAACGUCAACCGUCGACAGAUCCCUUGCCAGGUCGCAUUCGUUAUCGCAAUCAAGUUGAUCAUUCGGAAGUUGAAGUCCCCUUCGGCGAUAAAGAUCAAAAAGGAGAUUUUACGUUGCGUCAUGGCGAUUGGGUUCAAUUUUAUUUGGCUACUGACCGCAGAGAUCAAUUGCAACGUGCAACGGCGAUUUCCUUGCUCGAUGAUUCGUUCAAUGUGUCAGGGGAGAAACGCGAACAAGGCGUUGUUGCUUCCCUGAAGGAAGGUUUUGGGUUUGUACGUUGCGUCGAACGGAGUGUCAGACUCUUCUUUCACUUUACCGAAGUAUUGGAUACUAGUCGUGAGAUUUGUGUUGGCGACGAAGUUGAAUUCACCGUUGUUCAGGAUCCAGCUUCGAGCUAUCCGAAUACUCGUUACACUGCGAUACGUAUUAAACACUUGCCAGUUGGCACCGUGCAAUUCGAAACCUUGGUCGAGAGCGGCUUGGAAGGCGUCAUUACACGCGAAGCGCCCAAAAGUCCCGUCAAAACGCAAGAACGCACGGAUGGCGGUGUCAUUAGCUAUAUUCAAGGCAAUAACAAGAAGACUAUAAUGUAUUUCCUCAAAGACUGCGAGAAACCACCAAGAGUAGGCGAUAAUGUGCGCUUCGAUAUUUAUCAGGUUAAGCGAAACAAAGAAUUGAUUGCGAUCAAUGUGGUAGAAAUAUUCAUGAAUCAUGACGCGAUGCAACAACAACUGCCUUUGUCACGCGUACAAUCGUAUCCGGCAAGUGUCGCGGAGCUCAUGCAGCAACAGCAGCGUUUGAGCGGCGGCGAUGUGUCGUUAUCUGAUUCGCAAAAUGGCAUUGCGGGACUCAACGACAGUUAUUAUCGCUCCAACAGCGAGCCCCAUGCCAAAUCCUCGCCCGGAAAAGUGCAAUAUGGAUUCAUCGCUGUGUUGAAGGAAAACUUUGGUUUCAUCGAAACAACCAAACACGAUCAAGAAGUUUUCUUUCACUUUAGCAACUUCAUUGGGAAUCCAACAACUUUGGAACUUGGUCAAGAAGUUGAAUAUACGCUCUCUGCUCGUAACGGUUUGAACGCAGGCAACUGCAUUCCCGCUGAAAAUGUCAAAGUUAUUCCAGCAAAUUCAAUCCCUCAACCCAUGAUAAACUUCGACAAAUUGUACAAUGGCGUCGUCGUUCGCCCAAUUCGUUGCAUAAAUCCCGAUCAACCUGAAUACUGUGGAUUGAUUCAGAUGAAAAAUGAUGACGGAACAAAUGGAUCUGUGCACGAAUUUGGCAUCACGAGUGUCAAAAACAAGCGUGAUUUGUUGCAAAAGGAUGACGUUGUCACUUUUCGUUUGGAUCAACUCGAUCGUGCACGUCAAGUCGAAGCUGUUCGUCAAAAGAACCGUUCAAGUGUCGAUUCGAUCAAGGGACAAUUUGGCUUUUUGGAUUACGAAGUCGAGGAGGGCAAAAAACUCUUCUUCCAUAUGUCAGAAGUGCAGAGUUCGACUAUUUUAUGUCCCGGUGACGUCGUUGAAUUCUCAAUUGUCACCAAUCAGCGCAAUGGCAAAAACUCUGCAUGCACUGUCGUCAAAAUUGCCGAUGGAAGUCGCCCUGAACGUCUCUUGUCACGCUUGAAGUUGAACUCCGUUGACGAAAGUGUUCCUCGUGUCACUGUUUUACGCUCUCCAAAAGGACCUGAUGGCUCAAAGGGAUUUCACAGCAACUUUCGUACACCACGCCCAGUUGGUGCAUUUAUAGCUUAAACAGAGCUAAAAAUGUCUUUCACUGCAUUGAUAAAAUAUACGAAUCACAUAAAAAUUUACAAAGCAUCCACAUGAUGAACAAGAAAACCUGUUUCUUACAAAAAAAAAUAUUUAUUAAAAAUAUCUACUACUGUUCUAAAUGUGAAAUGAAAAAAAAACAAUUUUUGACCUCCUCUCCCUUUAUUAAUACAAUUAUGUACUCUCAUCAUUAAUAAAACAAACACUAUUAUUAUAAUUAAUUAUCAUUAUUACAAUUACAAGCAUAUUCAAAGUGUCUGUAUUCAGAGAAAAAACAAACGCAAGACGUCUGCAAUGCAAGUUAUUAACUACAAACCUACUAUUAGGAUUAAAAAGUAAACAUUUGAAUGAAAAAAAAAAAUGAAAAGUAACAAAAAUCGCUUUUUUAUUAUUUUAUAAAUUUAAUAUUAAUUAUGUUAUAUUAAAAAAAAAUUAGUUUAAAAAAUCUAUAUAAUUUAAUUUUUUUUUAUUAUGAAUGAAAUGAAACUUUUUGUGUUAUAAGAAAAAAAAAAUAUAAGAAAAAAAUCAAGCAACUAAAAUACCCUCAACGUAAACCAAAAAAUUAUAAAUAUUAUUGAUUGACCUUAAAUUUAUUUAAA